CUAUACCACUACUACCAACCUCCUUCCCACCGUGCCACCCAAGCACAGCUCACAAUGGACUGAGCAAAGAUCGCUGCUCGCCAGCUCCACCGAUCUCUACAUCAUCCACAUCCACAAACCAACUACCCCACACGAUACGGCCUAACCCCUCUCAACCCAGGGCACCUCACCUUCAUAACCAAACGACAACUACGACAACCACACCACCAAAGAAAACCAGGCAAUGCCACGCCUCCACCCAACAACGCUCCUCCUCCUCCCACUCCGUCUCCUCACGACACCCAUCACACUCCUCACGGCCCUCCUCCGCACACACACCAACACCAACACCACCACCCACACCCUCCACCACCGUCGCCGCCGCCGCCUAACCAUGCUCCUCCUCCUCACCCUCCUCCUCCUCAUCCUCCUCAUUCUAACCCCCUGCUACCUAAUCUACCGCCCACCCCUCAUCCUAAUCAACUACCUCCAAACCCUCAACCCAGACACCCUCUGGACGCUCCCUCUCCCCGCCAACCCCUCCCCGAACCACGAAAAACUAAUAGCCCUAACCCUCGACGACGCCCCCUCAACCUACACGCCCCUCCUCCUACAAACCCUCCUCACCCACUCCAGCACAGCGACUUUCUUCCUCAUCGGCUCGCAAAUCACACCCCAGACCCACGCCCUCCUCACUACAAUGGUUCAAUCGGGAAUGGAACUCGGCAACCACGCCAUGCACGACGAACCUUCCUUCAAACUCUCCCCUGCCACUCUGUCUGCCGAAAUUACCUCUAUCGAUAAUACAAUCAACGAGAUAUAUAAGGAAAUGGUUUCGGCCGGGUUCGGGGUGUUUACGGGUUGGAUGAGAGAUACGGUGAGGGAGUUGGGGUAUAGGAUUGUUUUGGGGAGUGUGUAUCCCCAUGAUGCGCAGAUCGAGUGGGUUGGGUUGAAUGUUUGGCAUGUGGGGAGUUUGGGGGUUGAGGAAGAGGGGUAUAGGGUUGUUUCGGUGGGGGAGGCCAUGGAGGCGGCGGAGAAGGCUGCUCGUGGUGGUGGUAGUAAAUGGGAGGAGGAGGAGAAGGAGAAGGAGAAGGAGAAGGAGAAGGAGAAGGAGAAGGAGGAGGAGGAGGUAGGUUGA